CAGGAACGGCGCUGUGUAUACGCUUCGAGUUCCAUCACAAUCAUGGCUGGCCCCAGCAAGUCCCUGGUCCUUGACCCGGCCCUCCAGAAAUACUACGAACUCAACGCCAACCGCUACAAGUACUUCCGCUGGACCCCGCGCCAUGCCUGGCUGUCCUUCGUCUACAUGCUCGCUAUCCCCGGUGCUCUGACCUGGGUCGCCUAUAAGACCGAGGGCAAGUACGAGCUCCGUGGCAAGAGAAGGGGGGACACCAUUGCCGAGUGGUAGAGAGGUGGUUGGUGAUUUGAAUUGAUCGAAGGCGAUUCCUGAGAUGCAGUGGCGAUACAUGAGAUGCUUAUCCAACACAUCCUGGGUUGACCACUCGUCGGAAUUGCAAGAGGAUGGAAGCGAAAACCCCAGUCUUACUUUUUUACCGGCGCCCCUCGCUCUUGGGCUGUGUACCUUACUACGAGC